UUAUUUAUACAUUACACAGCGAUCUGAGCUUUAUUUACCACACAUCCCUGAGGGCUCCCCCUGAGGGGACGCGGCGGGAAAUGGCGAGGGGGGCGGGGCCUCAGCGGCGGGAAAUGAGCAAGGGGCGGGGUCUCAUACAAGCCACGCCCCUCAGCCGCACCCGCCGCAGCCGCCGACCGGACAAAAUGGCGGCGGGGCGGCCCCUCAGGGAGCGCCCUUAAAGGAGCCGCAGCACCCCGCGCUCGGCGCUGCGGGCGGCGACCGCUCGCCGAGGGGAGGGAGGCGGCGGAGAGGCGCGUUGAGGACCGGUGCCAUCCUCCGGGAGCGCUGCGAGGCCGCCCUGCCCGCCCGUGCCGCGGCGGCGAGAGGUGAGACGGCGUUACCAUGUCAACGCAGUUCCUCCAGGUAUUGCCAUGUGAUACCCAGCACUCCUGGCAAUGAAGAAAGGCUCUGUAAGGAAAAUUUCAGGUAGAAAACCACAAUCAUCAGCAUCCCUGAUACCUCAGCCAAUGUCACCUGUCAGUUCUGGUGCCACACCUCCACAUCUUGGCCAACAGACACCUCCAGCUGCUCCCAAAAGCAUGGAGCAGAGGCCCCAACAAUGGGAUAUUCCAGCAGAAAAUGUUGGAGCUGCUUUUAAAUUGCAGAAAGGUGAAAAUGGUGUUAGCCCAGGGGUUAGGUACAUAACUGAACCCCUUAUAAAGGGUCUGUCAAAACAGCAAAAUCUGGCAUGUAUAAGCUCGCUGAAUCUCUCUUCCCCAAAGGAUGGGGACAAAAAAUUUAAGUACAUAGAAAAUUUGGAAAAGUGCUCUAAACUAGAGGUGCUCAACCUUUGCAACAACCAAAUAGAGAAGAUUGAGAAGUUGGAUAAACUGCUGAAGCUGCGUGAGCUCAACUUGUCUGGCAACAGGAUCAGCAAAAUUGAAGGCCUAGAACAUUUGCAGAACCUACAGAAGCUGAACCUGGCAGGGAAUGAGAUUGAGCACAUUCCUGUGUGGGUAGGGAAGAAACUGAGAUCGCUGCGCAGCCUGAAUUUGAAACAGAAUAAAGUGUCCUCACUCCAUGAUAUAGCUAAACUAAAGCCUCUGCAUGAUCUGACCUCUCUGUUCCUUGCUGGAAACCCAGUUGCAUGUCUGCCUCACUACUGCUUGUACACCAUAUUCCACCUGAGGGCACUGGAAAACCUGGAUGGACAGCCAGUGACAAACCAUGACAGGCAGGAAGCUCUGGAGAGGUUUAAUUUGGAAGAGAUAGAAAAAUUAGAAAAAGAGUUGGAAAACACAAAAAAGGAGAUGGAGAGCGUGAAACUUAACCAGACCAAAGUGCUUGAGCAACUUCAGCAUCAAGAUGAGCUCAACAAGUCACUAAAGGAAAAGGCUGUGCAACAGAGACAAAGCUUUCAAGAGCUACAGAGGGACCUGGGCACCAAAAACGAGCUGCUGGUGUCUGGGUUUGUCACAGUCCCCUUCCUGCAGAGCCUUUGUUCCUCACUCAAGCUGAAGCAGAAGACAGUGGAGCUGACCCGGGCUUGCCAGAAGCAGUAUGAGCUGGAGCAGGAGCUGGCCUUUUACAAGAUCGAUGUCAAAUUUGAGCCCUUGAAUUAUUUGCCCUCAGAGGAGGUUGAACUUGAUGAUGUACCUGGUGAAAGUCCCUACAUUGGCAAGGCCAGGUACAAAAGAAAUAUGUUCAUAAGGGAAGGCUACAUCUCCGACCAAGCUCAGCAGCUGCAGGUUGGGAAAGUGCAACAGCAGGAAGAUGACUCCUGUAGGAAACCCCAGCUGGAAUCACAUCUCCAAAGUCUAGAUAAAGUACUGCAGGAUAAGAGAGAAAAGAUUAAUUCAGCACAAAGAAGAUUAGAAGAACUGCAAAGUGAAAUUGGAGAUGCAGAGCAACAAGUGCUGAAAGUAACAGGGGAACUGCAGCAACUGGAGGAUGCUCUGGCUCAGAAAAAAAUCUCCCAGGCCAGCAAGGAAGCAAUUGAACAGAAAUUGAGUGAAAAGUUACAAAUCCUGCAGGAGCUACGCAAUGAAACCUUAGAACUGGAAAAACAAAUAGAGAAACAGAAAAGAGAAAUAGGGAAAAAUCAAAAAGAGCUUGAAGAUUUGCAGAGUUCUCUUGGGUCUGUAAAUCCUGAGGAUCCAAGGCAUGCUCACAUGAAAGCUCAAAAAGCAAGUAAAGAACAGCACCUGGAUAUGAUGAACAGACACUGCCAGCAGCUGGAGACUCGCCUGGAUGAGAUGCUCUGCAGGAUUGCCAAGGAAACUGAGGAAAUCAAGGAUUUGGAGCAGCAGCUCACUGAUGGUCAAAUAGCAACAAAUGAAGCACUGAAAAGGGAUUUGGAAAGUAUUAUCAUUGGCUUACAGGAAUACCUGCAGAGUGUGAAGCAUCAGGCAAAACAGGCCAAUGAGGAGUGUAAGAAGUUGCAAAAGGAAAAAGAAUCUUUGCUGGGAAGAUUGGCAGGUCUGGAGGAGGAUAAAAACAACCUGGAAGUGGUUGCCAUGGAUGCAGAAAAUAUGAGAAAAGAAAUUGCAAUGUUGGAGAGUUCACUCCAGGAGCAGAGAGAGAUAAAUGAGUCCCUUCAAGGUGCUCAGGAGAAGGUCAGCACCCACAAGGCUGAGCUGGAAGCUCAGUUAAGAGAGAGAGAUGCUGAAGCCAAGCAGCAAAAAGAAGAAUUUGAAAGACUGAAACAACUUAGCCAGGUGGAACUGUCAGCCCUGCAGGAUGAACUUGAAAAGGAAAGACAGCUGUUAGAGAAUGCUCAGAGCAAAGCACAGCUGGCAGAAGAAAAGGAACAACAAAAUUACAAGCUGCAUUUACAGUUCAAGCAAUUGCAGGGAGACAAUAAUUUCCUAAAACAACAGCUUAAAGAUCUCCAGAAUCAGCUAAACCAUGCAGUUGGUAACUUAAUUCAUCCUGAGGAUGUCAUGGCUUGUAUAAAUGAACUCAGGAAAAGGCUACAGACAGGAGCAGGAGAGAUGAAGUGUCCAAAUUCAGCUGAUAUUUUAGGGAAAAACCUUGCAAGUCUGCAGAAGGAAUUCAAUGACAUCCUUGCUGAUGCACAGAAGGAAAAAGAGAGAGCACAGGCUGGACAGAGACAGUUGCAGGAAGAAGUGGUAUCCCAGCAGGAAAAACUGCAAGAAAUGCAGGAGAAAUACAGACAGGUUAAAGCUGAAAACAGGCAAAAUAAGAACAAGGUGCAUCAGUUAGAGAAUGAAAUUCAAUGUUUACAUGAAAAAAUAAAGAGCAUGGAGGAGAUUCAGGGCCUGGCUGAUCAGCAGCUCCAGGAGGCAGAUGAAGAAAAAGAGGCUAUUCUUGCUCAGCUGGAGGAUUUGGAGAAAAGGAAAAAAAUAGAAGAUGCCAGGGCACAAGUGCAAGUGCUGAGUCUGGACAAGGAGCUGAAGGAGCUGCAGAGAGCAGUGAUCACCUCAGACAAGCUGGCAGCCAACGAGCUCUCCAUCACUGCCAGCCAGCUCCAGGCUCUGCAGGGGACUGUGCUCAGGAUCCAGCAGGAGAGAGCCGAGGAGCUUGAGGAAGCCCAGGAGUUCUGUGCUGAGGCAGCUCGUGCUUCCCAGGCUCUUGCCAAAGCAGAAGCAGAAAGAGAAUUGCUGCAACAACUCCUGAAGGAGAAGGAAGAGCAACUUCUGCAGGAAAUGGAGAAAGCUGGGGAGAAAACUGUUGCAUCAGACACUCAGAAGUUUGAAAUUAAUAAAUUAAGUGAAGCUGUGGAACAGCAAAAAGCAGAGAUUGACCGUUUGAAAUGGUUCUUGGAUAAUACUGGGACAGGUAACAAAGAUGAAAUUGAAACCUUACAGGAUGAAAUUGCAGCCCUCAGAAAUGUGCUCUUACAGCAGAAUGAUCAGAGCCCCAGCACAGCAGAGCCCCUGAAAAGAGGGGGAUACUGGUACUACCUGCCAUCAUCACAGGCUUCAACUCCUGCUUCCCAGAGCACUAAAGACUCUGGAGUGUGUUUGGGGUGCUCUGGCACAUCCCCAGCCAGGAGAGAGGAUGCUCAGCACAGGCCCUGUGGGAGGGAGGAUUUGCCCAGCCAAGGAUGUUGGGUUUAUUCACCAGUCAGAAACAGGCUGUACGAAGCAAAUUCUGGCAAAGAAAUAAGAGCAAAAGAAGAUGGUGAAGGAAAUGCAGGAUCUCCCGUCCCUGAAGCCUGUCCCUUUGUCCCACCCCCGGGCACAGUUAUUUACACUGCCCUUCCAGAUGGGGCCCCUGCACCUCAGGGCGUGGGGGUUUAUGGCCCCCCUCCUGCAGCAGCCCCUGGAGCUCCAGUUGCUCCUGGAUCCAUCAUCCAUGGCCCAGCUCCUCUGGGAUCCCAGGUGGUUUGUGGCCCUCUGCCUCCAAACUGCACCGUGCCACUGGUUCCCCUGGGAGUGCUCCACUGCAACGUGCCUCAACAUCAGGAUCUGGAGAGUGAAGUCUCAAGGCUGGAAGACACCGUGUGCUAUUUAAAGUCUCAGAAAUACAAAGAGAAAUGCUCAGAGGCAGCUGAGCAUAAAUACAGAAAGGAGGUGGAAAGAUUGCAUGGAAAUCUUGAAGAACUUGAGCAGGAAAGAGAAGAGCUGGAACGUGAAGUGGCAGAGCUGCGCCGGGCAGCUCAGAAACUGAGCACACGCAGGGACUUUAUUGAUGGCCAUGCUGACAGCCUCCUUGCAGAGCUGCAGCUGGAGAAGUCCCUUCAGCAGCAGGAAGAUGUUGCAGAGGAGAUUGAGUGUGCAGAGAAAACUCUCCUGAAACGCCGGGCUGAGCUCAGAGAGGCUGACAGGCUCCUCACAGAGGCUCAGGUGGAACUGGAGAGCACCCGGGGCAAGACUAAAGAGGCUCUGCAGAAGUACAACCGUGCCAAACACCAUUUGUCCUGCACUGAAAUGGAGGCAGAGGAGCUGGAGCAGAGGGCUCAGGAAACAGCCACCAAACUUGUGAAAGCAUCUCAGCAGCUCAGGUUAUUACAGACAGAUACGAGGGAUUUGGAACAGUUUAAGAGGGAACAAGAAGGUAUUUUGAAGGAAAUCAACAAAAUGGUGGCUGCAAGAGACUCUGAGUUGCAGUCAUUAAACCAGAAGAUAGAAAUGCUCACUGAAAGUCUGCAGAAGCUCCAGGGAGACAUCAGACUUGCAGAAGGUAACGAGGGCCAGCAUCUCCAGAUCAUCAGAGAAGCAGAAAACCUUGUUCAGGGCAAGAAAACUGAACUGGAAACAUUGAAAGAUCAGAUUUCUGCUCAGAAGCAAGAGCUCUUGUUCCUGGAGCAGCAGGUGACUCAAAGAACAGAAGAGCUCCAUGGCCUUCAGGAGUGCAUUUCCCAAAGGACAGGUGACCUCAAAGAAGCUCUUCGAGAUGGAGAGACUGAAGCACAUGAAAAACUUCGCCAAAUAAGGGAAAUAAAAGUACUUCUGGGAGAGCUCAGUGCUGAGAAGAAUGAACUGGAUGUCCAGAUGAAUGAGAGAAGUGCACAGCUUUUGGUCCUAAAGAAGGAUAUUAGAAAUGAGGAGGAAAAUCUCCAGGGAAUACUUGGGCAAAUCAGCAAGCAUAAGAUGGAACUGAAACAUGUGCUGGAAACGCUGGAACUUGAGAAGAAUGAGCUGGAAGGUUUGAAACUACAACAUGAGCAGAAGGUGAAUGAGCUGGAAAAGACCCAGGUGGCUGUUCUAGAGGAAAAAUUAAAACUGGAGAAUGUUCAGAGGUUGUUCCAGUGUCAGCAAGGGGAGGUGGAUUGGCAGGAGCAGCUCCUCAGGAAGGACCGUGAGGAGAACGAGGUCCUGGGCUCCCAGAUGAGAGCUCUGCAGAGCAGCAUCGAGGCUCUGGCCAGGGAGAAGGAGCAGCUGCAGGAGGACUCCAGGACUCUGGAGAAGAGGUUGUCACAAACCAAAAGAGACUUAACUGUUGCUGAAGACAGCAGCAGAACUGCACUGUCCAACAUGGAAAAAGUGGAAUUGGAAGUUAAGAACCUGCAGCAGGAGGUAGAGCUACUGAACAAGCAGAAGAAAUCACUGAAUGCAGAGAUUGUUGCUGUGCAGGGGGAUCUUCAAGGGAAGAAGGAAGAAUUGGAAAGACUGAAAGCAGAGCUGAAUGACUCAAGGCAGCAGCUUCACCUUGUGGAACAGGAUUUGGAAAACAACUCCAGGCAGCAGGAGGAGCUGCUCAGAGAGCAGGCAGCCCUGAAGGAAGAGAUCCAGGGGUAUUUAAGGAAACGUAAGGAAUGCCAGGAGAGGCACAGGAAGAGGCAGAACCACCUGCAGCAGCUCCAGAAAAAGAUUGAGGAGAAGGAAACAGAACUCACCCAACAGGAAGCGGUUCUACAUCACCUCAAGCAAAACUCGGAGCGUGAAGGGAAAAAACUGGAAGAAUGUGCAGCUAAAGUGAAGGAUCAGAAAAUCCUGUUGGAAAAGGAACUAACAGAUCAACACAAGAAACUGGAGCAGGCAAUAGCUAAAGUCAGGCUGGCAGAGGAGAACCUUGGGAAGCUGGAAAAGGAGGAGUCCCAGUGUGCAGCUCUUGAAGAAACCAUCAGGAAAAGCAAACAUCAGCUCUCAGAAAAAGAAUUACAGUUACAACAAAAAGACAGAGAAAUACAGUGUCUUCAGAAAGAACUGGAUGUCUCCAAGUCUGAGCUAAAGCAACUUCAAGGUCAGAUAGUGUCAGAGAGGAGAGAAGCAGAAAAACAAAUCUUGAAUCUGAGAGAAACACAGAAAAUGCAAAUAAUGGAGCUUGAAAGCAAACUGCAAGCUAAAACCCAAGACCUGGAAGAGAGACAAAGGGAAAUGCAGAGUGCAGCAACCUUGCUUAACCUGGAGGUUGAGAAUGAGAUUAGGAUGGGGUUUGAAUCUUCACACUCAUCUUCUCCAGCCACCUUGGAAGAUUUGGAAGUAUCAUUUGAAGGAAAGAGGAGCCUGCAGUGUGAGUGUGAUAACUCAGAGACUGCUCCCUUCACUGCUGCUGACAGACAGCUCCUCUCCUUGGAAGAAAAGUUCAAUAUUUCCAGAUUCUUCUUACUGGAUGAGCAGUGGCGGGGAGAGGCACGCAGGGAGAAGCUGCAGCAGCAUGAGGACAGGCUCAAGGCGCAGCUGCGGCGCUGCCUGGCCAAGCAGGCCGAGGUGCUGCUGCGGGGGAAGCGGCAGACGGCCGGGAGCCUGCACAGCCUCCAGCGCCAGCUGCAGGUGCUGGAUGAGCUGGUCAGCAGCACUGCUUCGGAUUCCUUCUUCCUGCCCAGCAGCCCCAGCCUGGGCUCUCUUCACAGCGUAACAAAAGCUCAGGUCCCCAGCAGCCCGGGCAGCGCGCUGGGAUCGCCAGUGCUGCGUUCCAGCUCCCAGGGAGUCUCUCGGUGAAGGCCAGAGGUGAGAUGUGCCUUCAGGCCAGUGCCACCCUCCCAGUGGCUGGAAGGCUGAGGGGCAGCUGUGGCUUCACAGACCACGCUGCCCCUCCCAGUGACAGCAUUCCUGGGGCUGCUGUCUGCUCUGGUUUAGGUUUGUGUUGUGCAACACGAACCUAAAGUUUGGAGUCUGGGUGAGAGCUGCUGGAAGCUCUGCUGGGACACGGAGUUACUGCUGCAGUUGUUGCCAUCCCUGGUCUUUCAGGAACUUUCCUGGUUCUACUGUUCAGCCCCGUGGCCGAACCUCUGGGACAGCUGGUUCCACCCCAGCCUGGUACAAAAGUGUUCUUUUGUAACAGUUUAAGGUACAAAGGUUACUUGAAAAGUGGCUUCACUUUGAAAGCAAAGCCCAAAGCACAUGCACAGCUUGGACAGGGGCCCUCAGGUGCCAGCUCUGAAGAGUUCUCCUACCUCACUGGGUGAGCCCUGUCUGAAAAGGCCUUUGCCACCACUCACAAACAGCUGCUGCAAGGCCUGCACUGUGAAGGUUUUGUACAAUUAACAACAGGUUUUUAUAGAAAAGUUGUUUUUUUAAAAAAAAAAAUUAAACGUGUAUUUAAACAUGUCCAAACCAACUUCCUAUUUAAAUGUCCAGCUAGUGGCCAGUUUCCACUUUAAAGAAACCUUGUUACAAGGUCUGAUCUGUUGCCAAGUGCAUGGAGGCUUAAAAUACAAUUAUUUUGGAUACUUCCCUAAAAUAAACUGUUGUGACUGAUGCUUU